AACGUUUUGUACAAUUACAAGUAUUACAACGGCUUCGGACUAUGUGGUCACUAAGGGCACGGACUCUCAAUGACAUCUCGUGGAAAAGUGACAGGAGGUGCCGGGGCAAAGGCGCUCGGCGGUAGGCGAGUCGGCGGGUGAUAUGCAAGCGGCGCCGGCGCGCUACGUGUCAGUGAGCGAACUGUACUCGACCGACGAAGUGGAGCUGCUGCUGGACGAGAUUAGAGAGCUGGAGCCGACCAGCUGCCGCGGCGAAGACGUGCAGGUGUGGGAUCAGGACUUCGAGAUAGCGGGCAGCGGGUGCGGUGCGGGCGCGGGCGGGCGCUCGCCGGCCGGCACGGAGCUGACGGAGCGCAGCUGGGACUCGCACGCGCAGUACCGGCGCGCGCCGCCGCCGCGCCCGCGCGCGCUCGCGCCGCUGUACUGCCGCCUGCGCCACCUGCUGACGGCGCGCGGCGCGGCGUCGCUGCUGCUGGUGCUGUGCUCGCUGGGCGCGUGCGCGUGCGUGUGGGCGGGCGUGGGGCUGCGCGUGGGCCGCGUGCCGCUGGCGCCGCGCGUGCGCCUGCUGCUGCUGGCGGCGCUGUCCUCGCUGCUGCUGCACUCGGCGCUGCUCGUGCUGCACGUCACGCGCCUCGCCGCGCUGCUGCCGCUCGACUGGAACAAGCUGGGCGCGUGGACGAGCGCGUGGAGCGCGGCGUCGCUGGCGGCGGGCGGCGCGCUGACGCUGCACGCCGUGCUGGCUGCGCCCGAGUACCGCUGGGCGCCCGCGCACCUCGCGCAUCUGCUCUGCUCCGCCGCCACGCUGGGGCUGGGCGGCGCGUGCGCGGCGGCGGGCAUGGCGCUGGGCGGCGCGCGGCGCGGACAGUACCGCGCCGUGCCGGCCGCGCCCGCGCCCGUCUCCGACGACCCCUUAUAGUGAAGGCCGCCCGCCACUCACUUCUAGGCGGCCCGUUUUAUAGUUUUGUACGUCGGCCCGCGUCCAGCGCCGGCACCGUCUCUUUAUUUUUUCUUCAAGUCUGAUUUUUAUUCUAGUCCGUUUUAGGUUUAGCGAUGGAUCGUUUGUGAAUUUGUCGAGCGACGGCGGUUCCUCGGUUAGUUCUUGCACAAAUCUUUCUAGUGGAUCUAGUCGUGUUGUGUACCGAUGCCGUGUCGGUCGAGCGCGUUCGUGUCGAGUCCCGGUUUUCUCUUCGUCCACUGCGUAUUGUUAACGGAAUUAUCAUAUACGACAUCUAUGAGAAUAUUCAAAUGUCUCUGUAAUUUAACUAUAGUACACGAAAUGUAUGCGACGGAUAAUGUUUUAAUGUAAGUGAAGUAUUUAUUACGUUAAUAGUCACAUAAUAAAAUUGUUGUAUAGACGACGCGAACGUUGUGUAUGCGAACUUUCUUUCCUCGUAAGCUUGUAUUGAAUCAAAUCGUUUGCAUGAUGUAUGAAAUAUAUAUAAAUUAUCUACUUAUUGUUCGUACAAUAGUGAGCGUACAUUAUAUUUAGUGUUAAGAAAUAAUUCGACAUGUAAUAAAUGAUACCAGUUGUUAAUAGGAACUAAUUUUAUACUGUCCGAUGUGUGGUCUCCCCACGAGCUUACAGAGUGUUCCUCGGCGACUCGCACCUCUGUUACAAUUUUCGAUUAAUAUUCCUUUGUAUGUCUUAUACAUAUCACAUGUAAGUGUCGGGCGGUCCGGCCCGCAGCGACCACGUAACUCGAACCGCUUCAUCUGUCUGUCACCUCGUCUGGCUACUCCUGUGCUUGUUUCAACGAACAUGUCACAUAUAGCAGACGUUCAUUGUGUAUCUAAUGUAUGAUGUCGAUCAAAUAAUGUACGAGUCAUUUUUACUUUAACAUUUUUAAUGAUAAUAAUUAUAUGGUUUUAUACAAAUA